UUUUAAGAACAAAAAGAAUAAAAAAGGAAGAUCAAAGAUCAAUCUCUCUCCUUUGAGAUCGGUCUCUUCUUUCUUCUCUCUCUCUCUCCCUCUCUAAACCGAUCUCUCUUCUUCUCCUCACGCAUUUCCAAGCUCUGGGAAUUCAAUCUCCCCCACAAAAAUAUGGCAAAGAGUGAGCAGUGCUGCUCUACUCAGCUUAUUGAUGGAGACGGAUCAUUCAAUGACACUGGAAUCGAACAGUUUAUAAAGGAGGUGAAAUUGGGAGAAUGUGGACUCUCCUAUGCAGUAGUCUCCAUUAUGGGCCCUCAAAGUAGUGGAAAGAGCACACUACUAAAUAAUUUGUUUGCUACCAACUUCAAGGAGAUGGAUGCUUUUAGAGGAAGGUCUCAGACAACAAAAGGUAUUUGGUUGGCAAAAUGUGCUGGUAUUGAGCCUUGUACUCUUGUAAUGGAUUUGGAGGGUACAGAUGGGAGAGAACGAGGAGAGGAUGAUACGGCAUUCGAGAAGCAGAGUGCCCUCUUUGCCCUUGCUGUUUCAGAUAUAGUUCUCAUUAACAUGUGGUGCCAUGAUAUUGGCCGUGAGCAAGCCGCAAAUAAGCCUCUCCUAAAGACUGUGUUCCAGGUGAUGAUGCGAUUGUUUAGUCCACGUAAAACAACUCUGAUGUUCGUCAUCCGUGAUAAGACAAGGACACCUUUAGAGAAUUUAGAACCAGUUCUUAGAGAAGACAUUCAGAAGAUAUGGGACUCUGUUCCGAAGCCUGAAGCCCACAAGGAUACUCCACUAAGCGAAUUUUUUAAUGUCGAGGUUGUUGCUCUUUCAAGUUAUGAAGAAAAAGAAGAGCAAUUUAAAGAGCAGGUCGCUAGCUUGAGGCAGAAAUUCUUUCAUUCCAUUGCCCCUGGUGGACUUGCUGGAGAUAGACGGGGGGUAGUUCCUGCUUCAGGGUUUUCUUUUAGUGCACAGCAGAUAUGGAGAGUCAUCAAAGAAAACAGAGAUCUUGAUCUUCCUGCCCACAAGGUCAUGGUGGCAACUGUACGUUGUGAAGAGAUUGCCAACGAGAAGCAUGCUGCUUUUGUAGGAAAUGAGGAGUGGAGUCAGUUUGAGCAGGACGUUCAAUUGGGCCCUAUUCCUGGCUUUGGGAAGAAGCUCAGUUCAAUCAUUGAUACGUGUUUAUCAGGGUAUGAUGAAGAAGCUACAUACUUUGAUGAAGGUGUCAGAUCUGGGAAGCGCAAGCAGCUUGAAGAAAAAUUGCUUCAACAUGUCCAACCUGCAUUCCAAGCUUUGCUGGGACACUUAAGAUCUGGUACUCUGGAUAAGUUCAAGGAAGCAUUUGAUAAGGCCUUGGAUGGCGGGCAGGGUUUUUCUGUGGCUGCACAUAAUUGCAGUGAAUCUUUCAUGGCUCAAUUUGAUGAAGGAUGUGCAGAUGCUGUUAUCCAACAAGCAGAUUGGGACACAUAUAAAGUAAGAGAUAAACUUAAACGUGAUAUAGAUGCUCACAUUGCUUCAGUUCGUGAUGCUAAGCUAUCCGAAAUUACGACCCUUUAUGAGGCAAAAUUGAAGGAGGCCCUAUCUGGACCCGUGGAAGCGCUACUUGAUGGAGCUAAUAGUGAGACUUGGCCUGCAAUAAGGAAACUUUUCAAGCGCGAGACUGAAUCAGCUGUCUCUGGGUUCUCUAGUGCACUUUCUGGUUUUGAUAUGGAUAAACAAACCAAGGAUAAAAUUCUUGCAAGUCUAGAGGCAUAUUCAAGAGGUGUAGUGGAAGCAAAAACAAAGGAAGAGGCUGGAAGGGUUUUGAUCCGUAUGAAGGACAGGUUUGCAACGCUAUUUAGCCACGACUCUGAUUCGAUGCCACGUGUAUGGACUGGGAAGGAAGACAUCAGAGCAAUUACCAAGACUGCUCGUUCUGCAUCCCUGAAAUUGCUUUCUGUUAUGGCUGCAAUUCGGUUGGAUGAUGGUGAUGCUGAUAAUAUUGAGAAAACUUUAUCUCUUGCCUUGGUGGAUGGCAGAAAUGCUGCUCCCAAAGAUAAGAGUAUCACAACGGUUGACCCAUUGGCCUCUAGCACUUGGCAAGAGGUUUCAUCAUCAAAGACAUUGAUCACACCUGUACAGUGCAAAUCUUUGUGGAAGCAAUUCAAGUCAGAGACUGAGUACAGUGUUUCUCAGGCUAUUGCUGCCCAGGAAGCCAACAAGCGUAAUAACAAUUGGCUACCACCUCCUUGGGCUAUUCUUGCCUUGGUUGUCCUCGGAUUUAAUGAAUUCAUGACACUCUUAAGAAAUCCUUUGUAUCUGCUGGUCAUCUUUGUUGGCUUUUUACUCCUUAAAGCACUAUGGGUGCAGCUAGACAUCUCGGCUGAAUUCCGCAAUGGCGCUCUUCCGGGACUUCUCUCUUUGUCCACCAAGUUGGUGCCAACUAUCAUGAACAUGAUGAAGAGAUUAGCAGAUGAAGGGGCAGCAGCUGCUGCAGAUAACAAUCCUCAAAGAAACCCUGCAGUAGCAUCAAAAGGCAUAAGCAAUGGAGCAAAUGCUAGCAGUUCCAUGUCAACUACUGCCUCGUCGGGAGUGACGGAAUCUGAAUACUCUAGUCCUUCAAAACAAGAAUAGUUCGGCUCUGGUGAAUAUAUAAUAUCUUCUGUUUUACGAUGUGGUAUUCUGGGAAUUUAUGUAAGGAUGCUACCCACAUAUUAUCUACGUACAUCAGAUCUGUGAUCCUGUUUGCAUACUGUUACAAGAAUGUAACAGUAAUAGUUUUGAAGGCAUCAAUUUUUGAGUUAGUGCCGCAUAGAGGGGGCUCUUUGUUGUGAUGAAGCCCCAUUAAAUUGCAUUUACAGUCUAGGUGUUUUAGCUUUGGUUUUACCCACGGAUCUUUAAGUUUAUGAUAUUGAUGUCUGUUUCUUUUUUUAUUUUUUUUUAUUUAAUUUGUUUUUUAUUUGAAUCAUUUUGUAUUGCAAGAUUUGGCAACAUGUUUUGCCUGUAUAUCAAAAAAAAAAAAUGAUAUUGAUGUCUGUUGUUUA